UAUUUUUUCAGCUACAAGUAAAUGAUCACAACCAAUGCACAUGAAUCUUGGUGUGCCAACAGCACGUGCAGCACAUGGUAUGUGCGCAGUGGGGCGUGAUCUUAUUAUAUUUGGAGGCAGAGAUACAGAGAAAAGGACCAAUGAUCUUCAUAUUUUCAAUGUUGACACAAGAAAGUAGGAUCUAGAGAUGGAGGUGAAAGGUCAGUGGCCGGCUGCAAGGUCAUUUCACACAACAACAGGCGUUGGUAAAAGAGUGGUUGUUAUGGGAGGCAGGGGACAGGAUAAUAACCAUCUUGCUGACUUUCAUAUAUUUGAUACUGAAACUAAGGAAUGGUUGCAACCCAAUGUAUCUGGGGAUAUACCUGAAGCAAGGGGACAGCACUCUGUUGCAGUUGUUGGAGACCAGCUUGUACUGUAUGGUGGAUCCUCAGAAAUUAAUCAGGAAAUAAUGAUAUGCCAAAAGUUUCACGGAGAUACUUAUGUUUUACGAUUAGCUGAUGUAUUGAAAGGCAAGGCAGAACCAGUAGAUACUAACGGUACAGGCUCCUGAUACCAACAUUGAUUGUAGUACUCUCAUGCCAAAACCAUUCAUAAAGCAAUAAAGAUACUUUUACUAGUGAGAUUUAUAAGUAGUUGUUAUGGUGAUCAUAAUUUCUUUAUACAUACACUGUAUAAUAAACUGUGAUGACUAAAUAUAAACAAUGAAGUGUU